UCGAAGGAAAUUAGGGCAAAUUCGACCAUUAGACAAGAUGCCCGCCCCAACAGCACUACGAGCAGCUUCCGACGCUUCUACGACCGAGACUCCCAUUGCCCCUCAUGCGCAGGAACACGAUGAAGAAAUUCUGAUCGACGUUCAACCUUCGAAUAAUGCCGAUGAUGUUCUUGCUUCAGCGAAUUCCGCGGAGGACACUGACAUGCGGAUUGACUUGGAAGGUCGACCGGUUUUCACGCCUGCGAAAGAUACACCAGCUGCAUAUCGAGUUGAGACCCGAAAAGUCCCUGUUCCACCACACAGGAUGACACCAUUAAAAGCAAACUGGCCAAAAAUUUACCCCCCAUUGGUCGAGCAUCUGAAGUUGCAAGUGCGAAUUAAUAUUAAAAGUCGGGCGGUAGAGUUGCGCACAUCCAAGUUCACCACCGAUACAGGAGCUUUGCAGAAGGGCGAGGACUUUGUCAAGGCUUUCACGCUCGGAUUCGAUAUUGAUGAUGCUAUCGCACUACUGAGGCUGGACGACCUUUACAUUCGCUCGUUUGAGAUUCGAGAUGUCAAGGCAUCUCUAAACGGUGAACACCUCAGCCGCGCGAUCGGUCGCAUUGCUGGUAAAGAUGGACGAACGAGGCAUGCAAUUGAGAAUGCGAGCCGGACAAGAAUUGUCAUUGCUGAUCAGAAAAUUCACAUCCUUGGCCGUUUCCAGAACAUCAAUGCAGGCCAGGAAGCUGUUGUUAGUCUCAUUUUGGGCGCCCCUCCAGGAAAGGUGUAUGGUAAUCUGCGGAAAGUGGCAGCCCGCAUGAAGGAGCGCUUUUAG